CCCAUUCAUAAAAUAGCCAUUUUCCCAGGCAGCAGUUGUUGCAAUAGCGAAGCUAAGCGAGGGGAAGCGACGGCUGCCACCGCCGCUCCUGACAGCGCAGCACUUGUAGGUUGCUUUCUGAGCCCCGGGUGUGUUUCGUGCCGAUUUUAACAUCAUCCUUCACCACCCACGUGCAAGUACAGCCGGGAUCUUUCUCGGAUUUAGGAUUAACUCGCCUGUAGAGAUAUGAUCUGGACUGGAUUGUUGAAAAUGGAAUUGUGGUGGUUGUCGCAGUCAUAGAAGACCUGAAGCCUGAUCCUAAGCAUGUUUACUCAGAAGUGAGAUCCACUGAGUUCAGUGUGCCUGGACGCUUAAAAGCAGGGUUUUCCCAGUGCUGGACAGCCUAAAAACAAUGGAGCCUCGGAUGCCUCACAGCAUGACCGUGGUCCCCAAUUCUACCAUGGUACAGCCUCUGCUAGAGAGCCGGAUCCCAUAUGGCAGACUGCAACAUCCCCUGACUAUCCUGCCUAUUGACCAAAUGAAGACAACACAUAUGGAGAACGACUACAUUGACAAUCCCACGCUGGCUCAACUGGUUGCUCAGAAGCCUUCCCGGGGCCACCACGAGCCCAUCCUUCCACCACGGUGUGAGCAAGAUGUCACCCAUCCGUGGAUCUCCUUCAGUGGGCGGCCCAGCUCCAUCAGCAGCAGCAGCAGCAGCACAUCUUCGGAUCAAAGGCUUUUGGACCACAUGGUCCCAGCUCCUGUGGCUGACCAGUCCUCCCCAAGAGCAGUUCGGCUUCAGCCCAAGGCAGUUCACUGCAAGCCCCUGGAUCUGAAAGGACCCACAUCUCUGAAGCUGGACAAGCACUUUUUGCUGUGUGAAGCCUGUGGAAAAUGCAAGUGCAAGGAAUGUGCCCUGCCUAGGACUUUGCCCUCAUGCUGGGUGUGCAAUCAGGAGUGUCUAUGCUCAGCCCAGAACCUGGUCAAUUACUCAACUUGCAUGUGCCUGGUAAAGGGCAUAUUCUAUCACUGCACCAACGAGGAUGAUGAGGGCUCCUGUGCAGACCAUCCCUGCUCCUGCGCCCACUCGAACUGCUGUGCCCGCUGGUCCUUCAUGAGUGCUCUCUCCCUGGUUUUCCCCUGCUUGCUGUGCUAUCUGCCAGCCACUGGUUGUGUGAAGCUGUCACAGCAGUGCUAUGACCGAGUGAGUCGGCCUGGAUGUCGGUGCAAAAACACAAACAGCGUGAUUUGUAAAGCAUCCCCUGAUGGGAAAGUUGACAGCAGACCAGAGAAACCGUUUUGACUGCUGGAGAGAUGAGGGCUGGGAAGUGCAGGGUGGGAAAAGAAACAGGAAGGGUGUUUUGUCACCUGUAUCAAAGGAUAACAUAUGUCAGCCUUUUUCAGGGAAGGAAGGAAGGAAGGAAGGAAGGACGGAAGGAAGGAAGGAAGGAAGGAUGGAAGGAAGGAAGGAAGGAAGGAAGGAA